AGACCGCCGCUGGACUGAAGGUCCCGCCCACGCGCGGCUCGGCUGCUGUGGAUCAGACACCGAGUGGAUUCAACAAGGAGUAACUCCUGCAGUCUGAAACCAUGGCAGAGGAAGUAAGACACAUCUUUGGGAAUAGCACGUUUUUCCAUGGACUUCUACCUUUUAUUGGGCUUCUGCUGAGUGUCUGCACUGGUGUGUGGGCCAACAGAGUUGUUGUUCCUGAGCAGGUGACUGCAGUGCUGGGGAAAAACGUUACUUUGACCUGCAGGGUAGAGGUCAGCACAAACCUCAGCCUGACCCAGAGUUCCUGGGAACGCCGGCUUCCCUCCGGCACCACCACUUUGGCUGUCUUCAACCCCCAGUACGGGACCUCCAUAUCUGAUGAGUACAGCAAACGGGUGCACUUCAUCAACCCCUCAGUGCAUGAUGCAUCCAUUGUCCUGCAGGGCAUGGGGUUUGCAGACAUUGGGACCUAUACUUGUAAAGCGGUCACCUUCCAACUUGGAAACAUGCAAGCAUCCACAACUGUGGACAUUAUGGUGGAGCCAAAGGUAUAUUUGUCUCCUGGCCCCUUGUCUCUGUUGGAUGGACGUGGUCAAACUCUGGUGGCGACAUGUACAGCUGAAAGGGCUCGUCCAGCAGCAGAGGUCUUCUGGGAUUCAGACCUGCCAGGCCAGCAGUCAGCAGUCGUCACACAGCAGGAGCCUGAAGGCACUACCACCUCUUCAGUCCACUAUGUCUGGGCCCCCACCCGGGAUGCAUUUGGCCGGUCCCUCAGCUGCGUUGUUCGUCACCCGGCCUUAUCCAAGGAUUUCCACAUUCCCUACCGGCUCAAUGUGUUUUUUGUUCCAGAGGUUAUGGUGAUAGGCCGGCAGGACGUGUGGUACGUGGGACAAAAAGAUGUACAGCUGGACUGUAGAGCCAGUGCCAACCCACCUGCUCUCUUGUUCCUCUGGACCAGACUGGACGCACCAAUGCCUGCAGGUUUGGACACAUCUAAUGGCAGCCUGCUGUUUACUCGUCCUUUAGAGCCGAGCGACUCCGGACAAUACAGGUGUGAAGUACAGAACGAUGUCGGGCGGAGCUUUAAGGAUGUACGCUUCUUGGUACAAGAGCCGCCACCAACCACCGCAGCCACCAGCACCAGCUCCAGCUCCAGCACCAGCUCCAGCACCAGCACCAGCACCAGCUCCAGCAGCAAGUCCAUCCUGCCUGACACCAGCUCAACCAUCACAGCUCCCAUCAACCAACAUGCCCACUUCACCGCCCCGACUCGGUCCUCUCCGCCGGACAGCGGCCUGGGCACUAUCCUGGGCGGUGCUGUCGGUGGGAUCCUGAUCCUAGUGUUGCUGAUGGCGCUGGUGGGGGCUUUCUACAUGCGACAACGCCGGACAUUCAGAGGAGACUACUACACCAAACAGUACAUCGGCCCAUCCGACAUGCAAAAAGAGUCACAAAUGGACGUCCUUCAACCCCAUGAACUUCAGGACGUUUACGGCGACGACUCGGGCAACGGCAGCCAAGACUUGAAGCCCAUUCCCGAAGGAGACAUUAUCUAUCCCGAUUACUCCAAUGACCACAAAGACAUGGAGGGCUGGGAAGACAAUCUCAGCCUUCAGAGAGAGAGCUCGUAUUACUCCGACCAACACAACCAUCAUAACGUGAACCCCAGCGGGCCGCCGCUACACAACGGCUCCCCUUACCUGCAGGACGAGUGCUACGACAACGGCACGGACAGCGACUACGUGUCUCACGUCGAUGGAUCUGUGAUUUCACGCAGGGAAUGGUAUGUUUAAAAAGACUGGGGAACUUUAACUGGACAACAAUAAUUUAAAAUGAGCGAGAAAGUGUUAUUUAACUCCGCAGAGUGAGAUAAAGUGUAUGUUAUAAAUGUAUUUUGUGUAUCCUUCAUGCUUGGUUUACGAUUUCAUCCUCACGUUUUACACAUAGCAAACGGCUGUAAUUUACUGCAGAUAUGUUCUGGAUGGUUUUCGUUCAGUGGCCCGCUGCCACUGAAGGAUGUAAAGGGGGAGGUUUACAUGGUUUAUGAUCACAGGGUGGAUUUACACAAAGAAAACAUGUCUGCUAAAUUUAAGCUACACUGUGUGCGUAUUUCAGUUACCACAUUGCACAUGACUGUCAGCUUUAAAACCAGGUGCAGGGUAUUCUUGGUUCCUUCCUCUCAAUUUAUUUUUAUUUUUAUUAAAUAUAUACAUAUGACUUCUCCAGUGUAGGAGCAAAACAUCACUUUAUUUUCACAUGAAGACACAUGAACUAAUUUCGAAAGUCUUGAGUCAUACGUUUUUAUUGCACAGAUUUUUUUUCUUUUCUUUUUAAAUGAGUAUUUAUAUUUUGUUUUUGAGGAAUAAAUAUCUUAAUCUAUUAGAAUAUAUUAAUAUCAUAUUAUGAUAAAUAAUAGAAAUAUCUUGAAGAUAUUUUAUGAGAAGCAAAAAUUGCAUGAGAUAGCAUACUUCAGUGUUCCAUGGAUGAAGGUUCUUGUAUUUAUUAUAAUUAUUAUCAUUACUAUUAUUUUAAGCAUAAAAAUAAUGCUUGUUAUUUAAAAAAAUAAAUACAAAUAAAAUAAUACUACUAAUAAUGUUAUGUUUAAAAUAAUAAAUAAACAACAGCGGGGUAAGAAAAAUAAACAUAAUUAAAUCAUUUAAAAAGUUUACUUAAUAUAUUUAAUACAUUUAAUAUUAUGUAUUCUCAAGAAAUUGUACCAUAUUUUAAAUGCUACUAUAUUUAAAAAAAAGAUACAUUUUCAUGAGAAAGCAAAACUUUUCUUCAUAAAGAAUAUUAAAAAUGUACGUUAAGUGUUUGUAAAAGUUUUGUUAAAAUUGCCAGUCGAAUAAUAAAAAUAAACUUAAUUCAAGAUGUACUGUGCUAAUUUUACUUUCCCAGCUUAAUGUUUUUAAUACAUUUAAAUAUUAAUAAUAAUAUCUUUUAAUAAGAUUUUGAAAUAAAGAAACUGAAUAUUGCAAUAUCGCUAAGAAUAUUUAAAGAUUUACAUCUGGUAUUCCUUGGAAAAAUUUUUUUGUAUUAUUAUCAUUAAUAUCAUUAUAAGUAUAUUUUUAGGUUUAUGUUAAAAACAAUAAAAAAAAUGGCCAGUGGCAUUAAGUUGAUGCAAUUUUUCCUUUUCAGCUAAAUUGUAUUAAAUAUGAAUACAUAAAUGUACAUAAAUAUGACCCAGCUGGUCUAUAUUUUGAUGCAUUUCAUCACACAGUGUCUUUUUCAUUAAUGGAUAAGUUAGAGAGCAAUAGAAGAAGAGUUUUAUGUGGUUCUUCUGAGGACCUGUCAUAAGGCUGUUGGGGGGUUGACGCUCGCAACAGAUCAAAAAGACCACAUUCUGCACCAAUGGUUUUACCGAAGCCAUAUGGCCUUUGCCAAUUCAGUUCACUCCUUUUAAUUUUAUGCUGAUUUCUUUUUUUCUCUCCACCUCUCCACCCUUGCUACUCACACACUCCCAUCCCUGUGUCGAGAGCUUCAGAUUUCCCAGAAUAAACUGUCCGGCGAGCAUCAGACAUGUGCCGCAUGGGCUUCCUCUAGCAUGCUUCACCUCAAAGAUCAAACUUUGUAAUGAAUAUUUUCUGCCCUCUUGAAAACAGGCCUAGCUCCAUUCCGUCUCUGAAUUGUGCCGAGCAUCUGUUCACAAGCACGCGAGGUUGUUUUUCUCCAUUAGUCUCGAUGGUCACACGUUACAUGCCUAUCGAAAAAGAUCCGGUAGUCGCUAAUGCUUGGGUUCGUUGUUCAUAAAUCAGCGGCGAUGUUGCUUCAGCUGCGGAAGUCUGUUUUGAGUUUUCAAGACAGAAAUCUUUUUUUGUUCAAUGGAUUGGGCUGCUUCUCAUCUGGAUCUUAACUGGGCAGUUAUUUGUAUCACUAAUUAUUGGACAGAAAGUCUUGAAUCAUGUUAAAAAAGAGUUUACCUCACUGUAAAAGAAUGUGGAGGACAGAACUCAACAUUUUAUGUUCAUUGUUGCAUUGAAAAUUAGUUCAACUGAAGUUCUAACUGAACUUUACAGUGUAUUUUUACCUUGGUAUAUUUUAUUUUUAUUCCCUAUUCCCAAUUUCACCCAGAAAGGUGAAUAAUUUUUUUUCUUUAUUAUUAUUAUUUCUAUUUAUUUUUAUUAUUUUUUUUUUUUUUACUUUGUUAAAACGUUAAAUACUACAUUUCUUCAAUUUUGAAUAAAUUCACAAUCAUAGUGCCUUUGGCUGUACAUCAAAGCAUCAGAUAUUUAUUCUUUCACCAUUCAGUGACACACUUUUCUGUUCUGUAUUCCCAAAGUGUUAUUUGUGUUCCUGUUAAUACUGUAUUUUCUGGAUUUCUGGAUGUUUAACAAGAUGACACUUGUUGCAAGUUCAAAUCCCAGGCAAUGGUGCAAACUCACUGGAAAUUUACAGCAGAAGCACUUGCAAGUGUGACGGUGCCAGUUGCGGUGUAUGUUUUUAUGUUGUUUUAUUUUUGUACAUAUUCUGGCAGGAGAUACUUGUCUAUGGAAUAAACAUAUUUUUAUAUGAGGCCAGAACAUUAAGCAGAGAAUGUUCACGCUUAGUUAAUGUGCUUUUUAUCUUCUCAUGUUCAUUUUUAUAUAUAUAUAUUUACAUCUCAGGAGUUUGAAAGAUUAUUUUGUACAUAAUAGAGUUACACAAAUGUUGAUGACCUGUAAAUCAUUUUGGAAAUGAGGGACAGAUUGUUGUUUUGUUUUUGAUGCCUUCUGUUUAUAAUAAAAAAAGGUCUUUUUCGAA